UUGAGCAUGAGUACUUUUUGUCCCCCUUCUUUUUGUGGCUUUUCUGUGACUCCUUUUCAAAGUAUUCCAGGCAGCUUAAAAAUACAAAACGUUCAGCAAUCUGACCAAGAGCUAAUCAUUAUCUAUUUUAGUGACAAUCUGAACCAAAACAGGACCCUUGAAAACAGCUUGUUUGUGGUGAGGUUUUUGAAUCAACCUGUAUCUACUCGAACCGAAGGAAAUUUGGAAGCAAAUUGCAAACCUCUCCAAGAGUGAAAAAUGCUGGCUCUUUUGUUUUCCUUUUAUAUGUCAGAUAUCCAACAUGUGCAUUUAUGAAUAUUCUUUCUGAAGACCUGGACUUCAUUUUAAGGAGCCUUCACAUAAAUGGGUCCAGUUAUGCCUGCCAGUAAGAAGCCGGAAAGCUCAGGAAUCAGUGUGUCUAGUGGACUGAGUCAGUGUUACCGGGGUAGCAGUUUCUCCAAGGCCCUUCAGGAAGACGAUGACCUUGACUUUUCUCUGCCUGACAUCAGACUAGAAGAGGGGACCAUGGAAGAUGAGGAGCUCACAAACCUGAACUGGUUGCACGAGAGCAAGAACUUACUGAAGAGUUUCGGGGAGCCGGUCCUCAGGAGUGUCAGCCCCGUCCAGGACUUGGACGAUGACACCCCUCCGUCUCCCGCCCACUCUGACAUGCCCUACGAUGCCAGGCAGAACCCCAACUGCAAGCCCCCUUACUCCUUCAGCUGCCUCAUAUUUAUGGCCAUUGAGGACUCGCCAGCCAAGCGUCUGCCAGUGAAAGAUAUCUACAACUGGAUCUUGGAACAUUUCCCGUAUUUUGCAAAUGCACCGACUGGGUGGAAAAACUCAGUGAGACAUAAUUUGUCAUUGAAUAAGUGUUUUAAAAAAGUGGACAAAGAGAGGAGUCAGAGUAUUGGGAAAGGGUCGUUGUGGUGCAUAGACCCAGAAUAUAGACAAAAUCUAAUUCAGGCUUUGAAAAAGACACCUUACCACCCAUCCCCCACUCCUCAGGCAUAUCAAAGCACAUCAGGUCCACCCAUCUGGCCGGGCAGUACCUUCUUCAAGAGAAACGGAGCCCUUCUGCAAGAUCCUGACAUUGAUGCUGCCAGUGCCAUGAUGCUUUUGAAUACUCCCCCUGAGAUACAAGCAGGUUUUCCUCCGGGAGUGAUACAGAACGGAGCGCGGGUUCUGAGCCGAGGACUGUUUCCUGGCGUCCGGCCAUUGCCAAUCACGCCUAUUGGAAUAACGGCAGCCAUGAGGAACGGCCUCACCGGCUGCCGCAUGCGGACUGAGAGCGAGCCGUCCUGUGGCUCCCCGGUGGUCAGCGGAGACCCCAAGGAGGACCACAACUAUAGCAGUGCCAAGUCCUCCGAUGCCAGGAGCACCUCACCUGCCAGUGACUCCAUCUCCUCCUCCUCCACCUCCUCCUCCUCUUCCACCUCCUCCUCCUCUUCCUCCUCCUCCUCUUCAGCUGACGAUCACUACGAGUUUGCCACAAAGGGGAGCCAGGAGGGCAGUGAGGGCAGCGAGGGGGGCUUCCCGAGCCCUGGGAGCCACAGUGAAGCGGAGGAGGACGACAGGAAGGCCAGCCCGAAGGACGCCAAGGACGCCCUGGGGGACAGCGGCUAUGCAUCCCAGCCCAAGAAGCGCCAGCACUUCGUCAAGGCCCGGAGGGUCCCCAGCGACUCGCUGCCCCUCAAAAAGAGACGCACAGAAAAGCCCCCCGAGAGCGACGACGAGGAGAUGAAGGAGGCGGCUGGGUCGCUCCUGCACCUGGCCGGCAUCCGCUCCUGCUUGAACAACAUUACCAAUCGGACGGCAAAGGGGCAGAAAGAGCAAAAGGAAACCACAAAAAAUUGAAAACAAGUCACUGAUUUGUUUUGAACUUAAUGGCCAUUUGGUUUUCAGCAUGUCAGGAGAUAUUCUAAUGAUUUGUGGCAAUAUCAGCAAUUUUGUUUCCUUUUUUUCUCUCUCUCUUUUAUUUUUCCUUUUGGU